AUGCUCAGCAAGCCACUGAGUUGCAAGCUAUCCGGCAGCGAGAUCAUUGUUAAUGGUGAUCUUCGCAUCUCAUUUCGACGUACCAUCCGAGUGCCGGACAACCACCAGGUGUCUUACCUCCCGCCAGACUUGGGUGCAUACCCUCUCAAGGCGGUUGCAGACUACGGCGAGAAGAUGCCGUCAGACAUGACCAUCAAAGGCGGCGUAUUCUUCCCCAUGUACCAGUCUGAGGCCAUGUGGAUCAACUUUGAGUGCGGCGGCAGUCAGGACUACAUGAUCAAGAUCUAUGUCGGUUGUAUUAAUGCUAUUUCCGGGGAACCUGCAGUCGAGGAUGCGGGUACCGAGCUGCGGCGCCAGGCCCGGCUCGCGAAAGACAAGGGCGAAAACUCUGGUGCUUCGUCACUUCAAGACUAUAUCGUUGUGCCGGGCCAGAAGUGGCUGGAUGGCAUCGCGGACUCCAACGGCACCAUUCGCCAGUUCGUGGCCAUGCCUUUUGGUAGCGGGCACUCGGUUGAGUCGCAGAUUACGGGCAAAGACGCUGCUGGUGGCAUUCAGUUUGAGAUUACGCCAUACGAACCACGUCCCGCCCCGUCUCUGCACAAGCACGUGUCUGGGAGUGUUUUGAAGCCCAGUGUUGCGGACCCCUCAUGUACCCAGGGAAUCUAUACUAUCUGGGUAAAUUCACUCACUGGAAAGAGGAUCAAAGUGUGCGUAGAGGGAACCGAUACUAUCGAGCUCAUCAAACGCCGUAUUCAAGACAAAGAGGGAAUACCUCCGGACCAGCAGAAACUGGUUUUCAUGGGCGCCCAGAUGCAAGAUGAUCUCGCGCUUGCAUACUUCAACGUUUCCCAGGACUCUACGAUCCAUCUGAUUCUUAAACUGCGCGGAGGAGGGUUCUGUCCGGCACGACAGAUGGCCAUUGCCGCUGGCGGAAAGAUCAAACAGAGCAUCGUCCGCGACCAACUGGGCGAGGCAUGGCAGAGCCAGCGCACCACCGUCUUCAACGUGCAGAUUCUCAACUCAGCCGUCUACAAGGAAGUCACUGGCGAAGAUCCCCCCACGAAGCCGCUAGACGUCGAGACGUACAAAGAACACGGCCUCCCCUUCUACGACAUGUACGAGGGGCCAAGCGGCGUCUCAGGCGACUUCAGCAUGGUCAAGUCGGUUGCGCAGAUGGAUAAGAAAAAGGAAGACGUCGUCACGCCGGAUGUUGUUGAGAUCAAAACGACGCCAACUAUCCAGCAACCCGUCGGUCUGACUAACCGACCGGUCCUCUUCGCGAAUUCCGCACUGUUGGCGACCUGA